AUAUUAUAUUACAAAAUAAAAAGAUGGCAGAUGAUAAAACGAGUCGAGGAAAAUUAUCGCAAUAAUCUGCUUGCAGCGAGAUACAGACCGAGCAAAGUCUAGAAUAAUAAUCAAUUUAGACAUUCUGUGGGUCGGGUGCCAGGGGAAAUCAACGCCACUCUUCCUGUUCCAUCAAACACACCCCGGCUGAUGUACGCCUCUCCGAGGAGUAGCGAGUGCGAAAUUCGAUCCUAUGUUGUAAUUGAUGAUAAAGCCUGUAGUGUUGCAGAAAUGCGAGACCGAGACAUGGUCUUGAAAACUCAGCCUUGAUCAUGGUCUU